CAACAAAUAUAAAUAAAACGAGAAUUUGGAAAUUCGCAGCUUACCAUCAAAUAUUAACGCGUCUCCUGCUAUACAAGAAAAAUUAAUACUAGUGUAAUAAAAUGGUUGCUUUUGCUCCAUCGGAUUUCCGUUGGGCGAUUCACGCGCCGGCUGGCCUUCCGUCUUUCUCCGCCUUAGAACCCGCCGCUGCCGUUGGUAGUCCACCGCAUAGCCUGCGGCCACUCUGCAUCAGUAGUAGCGCAGGUGGUAGAACCAGCCCUAAGCCCUCUGUUUGUACGGCCGAUGAGCUUCAUUACGUUCCGCUUCCCAACAAUGAAUGGAAACUCGCCCUAUGGCGCUACUUGCCUUCACCACAGCGGAGCCGCAGGAAUCAUCCUCUGUUAUUGUUGUCCGGAGUAGGCACUAAUGCCAUUGGCUAUGAUCUUGCCCCUGGUUCAUCUUUUGCACGAUAUAUGUCUCACCAAGGAUUUGAUACUUGGAUUCUUGAAGUUCGAGGAGCUGGCUUGAGCGCAAAAAUUAGUCGAGAUGAAGGAUUACAAGAUGCAACACAAGUGUCUGCUAUUUCAAGCCAACUUAGGGAAUUUGGUCACGGACUUGGAAAUAUUGUUGAGGAAAGUCAACAACCAAUCUCUCAGUUUACUGGUUUGCAAAGCCGCUUUUCUAUUACAGUAGGAGAUUUCUUGAAACAGCUUCAUCUGAUUGGGAAGUAUAACUGGGACUUCGAUCAUUACUUGGAAGAAGAUGUGCCUACAGCGAUGGACUACAUAAGGAACCAUUGUAGACCGAAGGACGGAAAGUUGCUCGCUAUUGGCCAUUCUAUGGGAGGUAUCUUGCUGUAUGCAAUGCUCUCACAAAAUGGUUCCAGAGGAAAGUGCACCGAGUUGACAUCAGUCAUCACUUUGGGUUCAUCUCUGGACUACACUACUUCACGGUCAUCCCUGAAAACGCUUUUACCCUUGGUAGAUCCUGCAAAGGCUGUGAAUCUUCCAGUUGUUCCACUCGGAGCAUUACUCGCAGCCAUCUAUCCUCUUGCAUCUCAUCCUCCCUAUCUCUUAUCAUGGUUAAAUCCUCAGAUAUCUGCGGAAAAUAUGAUGCAUCCGGAAAUGUUUGAGAGACUUGUCUUGAAAAACUUUUGCACUAUUCCUGCUAAACUUCUGUCACAGCUAUCAACAGUCUUCCAAAAGGGUGGUCUAAGGAAUAGAAGUGGGACUUUCUUAUACAAGGACCAUCUUCACAAAAGCAAUGUGCCUGUUUUAGCUAUUGCAGGGGACAGAGACCUUAUUUGUCCUCCUGAAGCUGUGUAUGAAACUGCCAAGCUGAUUCCUGAAGGCUUGGUCACGUAUAAAGUUUUUGGUGAACCUCGGGGUCCAAAUUAUGGCCAUUAUGAUCUAGUCGGAGGACGAAUGGCAUUCUAUCAAGUAUAUCCAUAUAUAAUUGAAUUCCUCAGUCGACAUGAUAGAGUGUAGCAUCCUCCGCAACCAGUGCCCUGUGAAGUUGUAGCAGAUUACUAACUCAUUUAUCGAUGGAUUAACUCCGUCACAGUGACAAUAUGGAAGAAGCUUAGCCUUUAUUCCUACAUUGGAUGCAUGGGACAUGAAAUGGGUGUAAAGAGGGGUAGCCACACAAUCCAACUCUAGUGAUAAGUAUGUACAUUGAGUUCCAUUUGAAAUAUAAUUAGGAACUAUUGUGGGUAAAAGAUGUGCAGUUAUGAAGCAUGAAAUAGAAAAUUCAUUCAUAGAGCAGUUGCAUUUAUGGCCAUUUUGAUUUUGCUCUAAUUUCAUUGUUAUAGCAAUAGAGAUAUUGAGUUG